CUCCAGCCUUUAUACAUUACAUUUUUGGCUAACUUACUUAAUCAGGUCAUAGGGGUAUUGCUCCAGUUGCUGCUGUGUGAGGCUCAACAUUUGUGAUAGUCCCUGGGGCCCUGCCUAAUAUAUACUGUAGGUACAAAACUGAACACCAAUGUUUGGUAGAUUGGGGGGGGGGGUUGCUCUUAGAACACAUGUGAAUGAAGGUUUUGUUCCCAGACAUUACCAGGCUUUAUAGGAAUUAUGCGAGGGGUGCAGGCACAUGUUACUGUCACUGAAUUUAAAGAGCAAAACUUUUCCUCAGAGCAUUUGUCCAUGUGCCAAUAUGAAAGCAAGGACCUUUAACCCACAGGGAUGGAAAUGAAAAGCUGAAUGUGUGAAAAGGAGCUCUUCUCAGACCACUGUUGCCCUUCAGGGUAUUAUGAGUUUCCAUGGGGAUGAAUGCAGUUUGCUCAGCUCCAAGGCUGUAGUUCUCCUCCAUCUGUCAGCUGGAAGCAUCUGCACUCAACUCUUUCCCUUCACUGCUGCGCUGCGUCACAACUUCACUCCAGACUCCAGUUUGUUGCAGCGACUUGCAAACUGACAUUUCAGCUAGCAGACCCAAAGUCAGCAGGAUUCACAAUACCAUGGUGGGGGAUCUAAAUGUUUUCUACUGAUCAAGAAACUGAGCAGCCUCAAACCUAUUCCCGACACAGAAUCUUGUAGGUGGGGGUGAGGAGGAUAAUAAUUCAACUUAUUACAGCAUUUCAGAGGCCACUUCAUUCUAGCUGAGAUUUGGAGGUGAAGCUCAGUUUACUGAAGAAGAGUAUGGAGGGUAUUCGAAGAAGCUCCACAGCUAAUGUGUGCCACAGAAAGAGGAGUGAAGUGAAGCUGAAAGUCUUCAAGGAAAACACCAUGAUUGGCAUACAUAGAUGUUACACUUCCUCUGGAAGACUGCGGAUGGAAAAGAAAGAAACUGUUGCCUUCCCUCCUAUCAGUAAAAUCCCAAAUGCCACCUUAUCAGGAAUGCCAAGGUCGAGGAGCUGGAGUGGACAAGUAAAUCCCAAAUCUGUUCAACAAAUGUUCUUUUCCAUGGCGAUUUCUGACACUCAGAAGGCGCUGCAGAGAAACAACAGUCUGAGAGAUGUCAGCUUGGAAGACAGCCACUGGAAUAUACCAUACAAGAAAAUAAGUGGGCAGACUAACUCUCAGAUCACAGCACAUUUGAAGAAUAACCUAUACCAUCGGCAUGUGAAACGAGUCAGUAAUGAGAGCAGCUCUGUGGAGGAACAUCAGUAUAUCCUGGAGAGUACAGAAUCUUUUUUGUUAAAGUCCAGGCAGAAGCCCCCGAUCCUAGGACAAGAAGACAGUGGUCAAAACAGCACGUCCAAUGGAACAGAUUUUUUCAUGGAUGAAAGCCAAAAUAUCAGUAUGGAUCCUAUAGAUUCACUGAGGGGUUAUAAGAAAGCAGGGAUAGUAGCAUCUUGUAAUGGCACUCCAGAGAGUAUAAAAGACGGCACUUCUCAGUAUAAGUCAAAGCAAACCACUCACAAUACGUCACUUUUUUGUAAAAAUGCACCUACAAAUGGAACUAAUUCUGAUUAUAACACAGAGGAAACUGCAUCAUCAAGUCAUAUAGAGAAUCCUGUAGGCCAGGAAGAAGAAGAAGUCCUCCAGCAAUUUACAGACACUGAGGCCCAAAUUAUUCAAGGUCUCCUUCAAUUACCAUGUACAGACAAGAAAAAGGAAUUCAAGAUAUACAUCUGUGGAGGAUACCAAGAUUCCCACCCAGAAAGAAAUUCACUGUUCCAGAGAGUAUAUCCAGAUCUCUACAUUUACUUUAAAGAGAGGGGCUUUGAUUUUCGCAUGUUUGAUUUAAGAUGGGGAUUAAAUGAUGGAGUCAGCAAUAAUCAUCUUUUUACUUCCCUACAUCUGAAAACUCUGAUGGAUUGCCAGAAUACAGGACAUAAUGCAUUCUUUUGUUUUAUGGGGCAGAAGUAUGAUCAGACCACUAUUCCAGUGACAUUUGCCAAGGAAACCUUUGAGGUUAUUACAGCCACAGUGGAAAUGAGGAGGAAAGAAGUGAAACGGAACAGUGUGACUGCUAUUCUAGUCACACCACCAGAGGAUACUGUGCCACCUGGAAAGGAUGAUACAAAGCAUAAUGGGACAGGCUUUCAGCAGAAAACAUUGGAGGAUGAUACACUUAGAACAACCAAUACAGAAGCCAAUCACUUUAUUAAUGGGCAGUUCAAAAAGAAAUCUUCUGCGAAAUACGACAAGGAACUGGAACUUCUGACUCAGUGGUACAGGCUGGAUGAAAACUCUGCCCCCAGUAUAUACAGACUUCAGCCAAUCAGCACUGUUUAUGGAGAUAUAUUCAGCAGAGACCCUGAUCGCAGGCAGCAAGCUAAGAAUAAAUGGUUAAAUACACUGCAGAAACUCUAUGACAUAUUUCUAGAGUACAUGACAUUGGCUUUUGGGAAAGACAUGGCUGACAGCCUCCUCAAAACAGUUGUGCAGCAAGAAAUUGACCAGGCCUUUCAAGUGAGUGGCACCCCAGAAGAUUACUUCCAUUGCUUUAAACGGAUCAUCAGUGAUGUAAAGUAUAACCUGACAAGCAAUAGAGCCUCCGAAUAUAUUGAUGUCCUUCCAACAAAAUCUGAAAUCAACAAGACAUUGUUUGAUGCACAGCAGGGUGUCAUCCAAAGCAUUCACCAGAGAUUGCGACAUACAAAUAUCUCUGAAUCCAAUGUGAGCUGGGGAUGGGAGGGAAUCAACCCUGUUAGCAACAGAUCUCAUGCCUAUUAUUUGGAGCUCCUGGGAAAUGACUUUCGGAAAAAAGUAAUUGCACAUUUCAAUAGAAUAACUAAUUCGCUUAACGAACCUGAAAAGAGUUGCAGUAGGAGAGAUGGUAUCAGAAAUCGAAUAAUACAAGAGAUUUUGGAACAUGCCAAGCACUGCCACACACUUGUAAAUUGUUUCAUGGGCCGUGAGUCUUUUCUUCAAGAGUUACAAGAUGGCAUAAUGUCUGCCAACAAGCAAUUAAUCAUGAUACAUGGGGAGUCUGGUAGCGGCAAAAGCUCAAUUAUUGCCAAGAUCUCUAUACUGGCUUCACAUUGGAUAGGAAGGGACCUUAGAGUGGUGACUAGAUUUAUUGGUGUAACCGGAGAAAGUCGAAAUACCCGCAUGUUGCUACACAGUCUUUGUUUUCAGAUUGCAGAAAUCUACAAUAUCACAAUGGAUUUUUCUGAGGACCUGAAAGGAUUGAUAAAUGAAUUUUCCACAUUGUUGGAGUUUGCUAAUAAAUGCCGCCCCCUGAUGGUAGUCGUGGAUGGUAUUAAUGAGUUGGUGCAUGAAGAUAAGCUUUCCUGGAUACCUAGAGAACUACCAAGACAUGUAUAUUUCAUAGUUUCUGUCUCCACUGAGUCUGAAUGCUCUUCUUUCAGAAUGUUACAGAAACUUACAUCACAACAAAAUAUAAUUCCGAUUCCUCCACUGGACAUUGUAGAAAUAAGAAGGAUGAUUGAAGUCUGGUUGGAAAGGGACCAUCGUAGACUGCCUGGUCACCAGAUGAAAAUACUUUCUGAUGCAUGUGCUGCUUGCCCUCAUCCACUCUUUGUAGUCAGUUCAUAUAUGGAAUCAUGCCUAUGGACAUCUUAUAGCUCUGAAAAUGAUUUAUAUCUGCAGUGUAACAUAUCUAAGAUAUACUCUGCUAUUUUGGGUAGACUUGAGAAGAAUCAUGGAGAGCAGGUCAUGAAGAAGGUUGCCUCUUACAUUUCGUUGUCAAGAAAUGGUAUUACACUACAGGAAUUACUGGAUUUAUUGUCUCUUGAUCAAGGUGUCAUGCAGGAGGUAAAACAAUACCAGAAUAUAACUGUUCCAGUGUUUCCAGGAGCACUGUGGAUCAAGCUACAGAAUGAUUUUGGGACACAUUUAGUGGAACAAAGGACAGACAACACAUAUGUUUUAAAUUGGGCUCAUUCACUUUUCAGAAUGGCAUGUAUAAAUAGAUACUUAAAGUCUAAGGAACACCAGCUUUCUGUUCACAGUGCCUUUGCAGACUAUUACCUAGAAUCCAAGAGCCGACAUAAUCUCACCGAUAAUAUUGCCCUUUUGAUGCCCCUGACGUGGACAGGAAUACAUAGAAACCCUGUGUUCAACCUUCGUAAAAUCCUUGGAAUUUCUCACCACCUCAUCCAGUCUAAUCAGUACCCUCGGCUUAUAACAGAAUGCUUAUUUAAUUAUGAGUACCUCUUGCACAAAGUUUGGGCCACCUCAGUAGUUGGUAUGCAAGAAGAUAUAAAGGCAGCUAUAAAUCCAGAAAGACCAACACCUGAUCUAAAUCUGCUAUCUGAAGCACUCGAGCUUUCCACAAAGGUGUUACUGAGAGAUCCCACUCAGCUGGCUUCUCAACUUAAGGGGCGCUUACAUCAUAUAGAGAUCUUGGACAAGCCGGUUGCACCAGGUGACCCAAGAAAAUAUCCAUUAUUGCCAACUUUGCUAAAUCAGUUCCACCAGUCAUCUAUUCCUGUGUUUCUGCCUUCUUUUACCUGCCUCCUGCCACCAGGAGUGUUGCUCUGUGACAUGCUAUCAGGACACACAGAUGCUAUUACAGCUGUUGCAGAAGCGCAGAAUAGCCUACAAGCGGUAACAGCUUCCAAGGAUGGCACAAUAAAAGUUUGGGACUUGAGUACUGGAAAAUUCAUUUAUACCCUGCAUGGUGUUGGAAGAAACAUAGACUCCAUUAUUGUAUGCAUGCAGAACCAAAUAGUUGCAGUAACAGAAGAUCAUUCCUUUCAAAUUUGGGAUCUUGCUAGCAGGAAAGCGAUCUAUUGUGAUAAUGACACUUUGGAUGUUCCCAUUUUGACCUCUGCAAUGGAUGGCCAGCUCCUCUUGGCAUUUUUUGAUGGAAGCCAUUUGGUCAAGGUGUUUGACUUGGCAGACUCCUGCAGACUUGUGUGCCAAGUGGCCAUUCCUGCUGAUGAGACACCUGUUCACAAAAAUCAUUCCAUCCUGGUCUCCCGAAAUUCAGUGAAAGAUUAUGUCUUGUUUGCAUAUAGGAGUGGGAAAGAGGCCAUGGUGCUGAGUGCCAGAAAGGGAACUGUUGUUGCCAAACUAACUGCCCAAGACCCAGUUGCCUCUGUCCAAGGUGUGGCUGUAACCAAGGAAUACUUCUUAGUUAUAUGCAGGUACCCAUCCCUGAAGAUGCAUGACAUUGUACAUAUAGAGCUCUUCAAUGUGAACACGUUUGCUUAUAUCCGCACUGUCAAAGGCUGCAGCAGUGACUUCAUUGGUCAGAUUGCUGUGAAUCGGCAAGGAUCCCAUGUGGUGGCCUUUUCUCACAUACCCAACACAAAUACCACUGAAAUAGUCCUUUGGAAUUUGGAAACUGAAGAUCACAAGCAUAUUGUUAAAUUCUCAUCUAUCCCCAGGGGAGGCAUAUGCUGUGACUUGCGUUAUUGUUUAGCUUUUUGUGAUGGAGAGAACAACCUAAGGUCAUGGAAUUUGGCCAACCGUAUAAAUGACCAGACACUCAGUAUGAACAUUAACAGGGUAAAGAGAACUGACGGGAUCCAAGAAAUUAUCACCAUGAAGAAUUUUCCCAGAUACGCUGUGUGCAGAAGUGUGAAACCUGGUCUCAUCACAGUCUGGAAUAUUGUUAAGUCCAAGUGCAAAGGGAGUGCUGUGCGGGUAGAACGUGGACUGGUGGAAAGCACCGAUGUUGUACUUGUCAGAGAUAUGAAGCUCUUUAUCCUUACUGACAGAGGGAUGUCCUCAUUUACUGAAACACCAAGGCCCAUAUUUCAGACUCUUCUUACUUAUGACAUGUUAAAGAAAAAAUAUGUGCGGAAACAAACUGGGCUGUAUAUCAUUCCUUGUCCAAAACAUGAAUACAGAGUCUUGGAAGGAGGUUUACUCUUGGGAUUGUCUGAAACCAGGGAUCACUUUGUCAUUUGGAACAUGGACACCGGAUUUAUAAAAGACCGUCUCAGACCCAAACAUAGGGACAGAAAUUCUACAGACUUAAUGCCAGAACCUGAUGGAUGCAAAGAGAAAUUAGAUAAAAAAGUACUACAUAAGCAAAGAAAACAGAAUGGGACAGUGCUUCUGACACCAUGGGAAAGACGCAAUGAAACCAAAACAGCAAAGAGACGUAGGCUUGAAGGAGAAAUGAAGCAGGAGAUGGAAAAGUUGCAGCAUCUAGUGAACGAGAAAAAUAAUGCAAUCGACCAGUACCUUCUCAGUGAGGAUGAAAAGGUGAUUGUGUGUUCAUAUUAUGCACACCAUCUCUGUGUAUUUAGCUUGGAGACCAUGAGCCAUCUUUGUACUCUGGAGGACAGCGAGUCUAUGCUUUUCUUACACAGCGCAGCUUUAACUUCCAACGGCAGCUUCCUGGCUCUUUCCAACUACUGUGAUGCUGAAAAGAUCAGCUAUGUGACUUUGUGGGACCUACAACGUGGAAAGGUUAAAAAACGACUAAAAAAUGAACCCAAUGUCUGCUGCAUGGCUCUUACAGAUGAAGCUGAUCGAAUAGUUUUUGGCAUAGCUUUGGAAAACAAACUAAAGGUUUGGGAGCCAUUUAAGCAUAAGCACAAAAUUAUUCAAGGUUAUGAAAAUAUGAACCUCACAGAUGACAGCAAGCUUCAAGUAAUAGAAGGAGGAUCAAAGGCAAUUUUGCUAUCAGGUGAAGUCAGUAUGUGGAACUUGGAUAAUGGAACCUUAAUGUCUGUUUUCACACCAGACAGUAAAAUCUGUUGCCUGUCCCUAGCCACAGAUAGAAAAACCAUCCUUAUUGGCAUGAGUGAUACACCAUCCCUCAUCAACCUGAAGAUUGCAUCAAGAGAUGGAGAAAGUAUAUCUUCUACGGGCACAAAUUUAUUUGGUGAGGAGUCUUCAAGCAGUGAAGAUGAACCUGACGAUAGUUAAAUGGAUAGCAAUGAAAUAAGUGAGAUUGCCUUCUACAGAGAUGAGGUCAAGACAAGCUCAGUGGGGUCCUGAUCUUCUAUGGACUAGUAACUACACAAUUGCACACACCAAGGUGGCCAAGCACAGUGAUACCCUUCUCAGGCAGAGUUGAUGUGUUAGAACCUAAAAACUGGCAAAGGGUGUUGGUAAAAGUUGGACUAAAAAUGCAAACAGAUACAUAUACACUUUGUGGUGGCAACCUUGCCUUAGACAUUUGUUUUACAUUCUCUAGUAACAAUUAUUUUGUUUCCUGGACAUGCUGCAAGUACUUUGCCAGCUCUACGUUAUCUUCAUUAUAUUCUGCAAAGGACAUCAGAUCACUAGCACUUAAGCAAUUCAAUUGGCUGGUAGAAUCCAAAAUAUUAUGUGUAGAUUUUAAAAGGGCAACAGACCUUUAUUUAUUUUGGUGGCAGUCUUUCUAAACUAUUACAGCUGGAUAUAUUGCUUAAUAUAUUUUUCAGCAGUUGAAGUGUGAGAGCCCUGACCUUUAUUUCAGUCUGUAAUAAGAGUAUUACAUUAUUUGCUGACGUUUCUGUGAUGCUGGUGAGAAAUAUAUCAACAUGCGACUGCUUAUCGGGAGUUUAGAAAGUUGGCAGCUAGUUUGCUAUUGAUUUUGCGAAGGGGAACCGUCCCUUUAACAGCAUAGUAGGAAAAUACUGUGAUAUGCAGCAUUAUAUCACAGUUACACAUGCUAUGUUCUCUUGUUAGGAUGCAAUAGUAAAUAGCUGCACUCUACAGGGGUAGUGACUGCUUUUCACUCUUUGGCUGUGGAAUUGUCCCUGUCAAACUGUACAGAAUUGUAUUGAUAUUAUGAGCAGAAAUCACACUGAAAGAAUGUUUCGAGAACAAAUGUAUUGCUUAUGCCAUGGCCAGUAGCAUUAAACAUUGGCAGGAAAAACUACUGCAACUGCAGAGUUUUCGUUAUCUCUGGAAGCCAUGUUCACACAAGAACUAUUUGCUGGGUUCUCAUGAUUGAGCAGCUGCACAUAAGCCCAAUAUUGCCAUAAACAAUGGAACGUGGAGAAGCAUAAACACAUUCUCUGCAGUUAUGAAUCGCUGCUCACCGUCAAGCAAUCGGAUGGACUAAUCUGGGUUUCCUGGUUGCCAGGAGAAUGCUACCUACCUGAAUUUGACAUGCUGACUCUAAAGUGGUGAAGGAGGAAUUUGGGUCUGCUGAUGUUUUUCUUGUUUUCGUCUUGGGCCCCUGGUUCAAGUGAAAGCAAAUGAUCAGGGGUGUAAUUACAGAGGAAGCAGACCCUGCGGCUGCAAAUAGUAUAGGGGCCCCAUGAGGCCCCAAUUCAUAUACAAUUUGAAUAAAGAUUGGUAAAACAGGUCAAUCUCUACACAUUAUGGGGGCCUGAAAAAUAAUAUGCUGUGGGUCCCAGUAAUAUCUAUAUUCAAGAAGAUCUUUCAGCAGCACUCCGAUUGGAUGGAUUAGACCUGGACAGAGUCACGGUCGGCACCCGACGCUACAAAAAGCGGUGAGAGUGUUUGUGUAGAACUUCUUUGUCUUUGUGGGCCCAGUAAUAUCUAGUUACGUCACUGCUAAUGAUAUAGUAUACAGUGACAGUUUGGCAAAGGCCCUUUCUUGUACUGCACUGUAUUGCAGUGCCCUUGCUACAAAGUGUGGUCUGUUAAGAGCUUUCUCCUCAAACUUAUAUAAUUCUUGUGGGAAUAUGAUGCAGGACUUCUUGGCCAGCGCCUGUGCCCGACAACAGAAAUGUUCUUGUGCUAAAUGGAAGCAAAUACCACCAACAAUCUUUCAGCAUCAAGUUGAAAGUCUUCGCAGUAGGAGGGAAGGGGGGGAACAAUUUCAUAUUGAUGUCUUAAUUAUUAUCUUAAUAUUGUUUUUAGAUUGAGACAAUGGACAGGCAGGUGUGUACAGACUUUUGGUUAUUAAUACAUAUUGUCAAUAAAUAGGCAUACACUA